AUGUCUAUCAUCCCCAUCGACAAGGAACUCGCCAAUGGUCUCUACUUUGGCGAAUCGCCUCGGUAUCGCGAUGGCCUCCUUUACGUCAGUGACAUGACAGGCCGCAAAGUCUACACCAUCGACGUCUCCUCGGGCAAGAAGGAGGUUCUUCUCGAGGUAGAGAACCAGCCCAACGGCAUGGACUUCCACCCGGAUGAGUCGCUCAUAUACUCGUCCAUGUUCGAUGCCAAGCUCUAUCGGCUUAAAGACGGGACGUCGACCCUCUACGCCGACAUGUCUCAGUUCAUGACCGGCUACUGUGGCGACAUGGUCAUCGACAAGACUGGCAGGGUGUACCUGGACGACACAGGAGCGCGGGUGCUCCACGGGGAGAGCCCCUCACCCGGCAGGCUGCUCGUAAUCGAGACGGACGGGACCGUCAAGGUGGCUGCGGAGGAUAUUGUCUUCCCUAACGCCCUCUUCAUCAGCGGCGACGGCAAGAGCCUCUAUGUGGCCGAGACGUUUCGAUACGGGCUUCUCAGGUACGACGUGGGGGAGGCGGAUGGCAAGCUAACCAACCGGAAAGGUUAUUGGUCGCCUGCAGUACUCCCCGGCGUAAAGGAGGAGGAAAUGGCCGGAAACAUGAUCGGCAUCGACGGUGGAUGCAUGGACGCCGAAGGCGGCAUGUGGUUGAGUAUGCUGGCGUACGAGGAGUUCAUCCGCCUGAGCCCGCAGGGCGACGUGACCCAUCGCAUCAAGGUGGAUGGGCACGCAACUGCUUGUACGCUUGGGGGCGAGGACGGAAAGACCCUGUAUCUAGUGAUUAACCAUGUGCCAAAGGAUGAGAACUUGUUCAAGGCGAUGGUUGGGAAGCGGACUACCAGCACGAUAGCAACGGCGAGAGUCAAAGUCGGUCGGGGAGAGGCUCGGCCGUGA